AUGCGCUGGGCGCGGGCGCCUUCGUCCCCGUUUUCGAAGCCCGCCUCGUCGGAGGGCUUUGCCGAGCACCCGAAGCGGCGUUUGGUCGGGCUUCCAGGGGUGGAGCGGGUGCGAGAUCUGCCGGCGGACCCCAUCACGCGGCUUUUCUUCCAACACCAGGGCGAUCACGCGUUGUACUACGGCCGCUACGACGCCCCGAGCGCGCAGGACGAGGAUCGGAUCCGCCUUGAAAGCCGCACGCCGUACAAAUGGACCUACAACGUCUACACCCCGGUUUACGACUUCUGCCAUCGACUUCGCGAGGGCUCGGAGCAGCGAAAGCGCUUUGUGAUCGUCCCCUCGACGCUCGAGACCCGCGGCUGCGCGGCGGUGAUGUUGAACCACGGCCUCGUGGCGGGCUUUCGCGAUUUCCACAACGACCGCGCCUUCGCCGUGGAGCUGAAGUACUUCCAAAACGAGCCCACCAUCAACGUGAUCGAGCCCUGCAGCUACGACGGCAAGACGGAGUUCGAGUGGUCGCCGAAGAUGAUGCGGCGGCUGAUGAAUACGCACGGGAUUCACAACCGCCUGGUGGUUUAUAUCUGCCGAAGCUCGGAUAAUCGGAUUAUCGAUCACAUCGACGCCGUGCGGGAACAGAUCGGUGGGCGGGGGUUGAUGAUGGUGCACUAA